AUGGCAUCUGCUUUCAGACGAGGCAGUGAAGCUCUCCUCGAUCCCAGCACUGAGCCACGACCACCAUGUGUUUCCAAGCGUCCUAGCAGGGCAAUGCUAAAUCUUCAUCGUGUUUAUGAGCAGAAUCGACAACGAGUUCAACAAAAUCUCAAAGAUGGUGUCAAGGUACCUGAACCGAUAGCAGUCCCUCAAGCCAAGGGCAAGCCCCGUCUUCUCCUAAUGGGGCAGCGAAGGAGUGGAAAAUCGUCUAUAUCAAGCGUCGUUUUUCACAAGCUACCGCCAAAUGAGACAUUAUUCUUGGAGUCAACAGCUAGGAUCCAAAAAGACAGUUUGAACUCGUUUAUGGAGUUCCAAGUUUGGGAUUUCCCUGGACAAAUCGAUGUUUUUGACAACCCCGCCUUCCCCUUCGACAUGGACGCUAUUUUCGGCGAGAUUGGCGCUCUCAUCUGGGUCAUUGACGCUCAAGAUGAUUAUCUCGAAGCCGUUGCACGCCUUAAUGCCACUAUUCUCCACCUACAGCGCAGCUACCAGCACAUCAACAUCGAAGUUUUUAUCCACAAAGUCGACGGCCUUUCCGAUGACUAUAAGCUAGACAUCCAGCGCGACAUCACCAUCCGCAUCCAGGACGAGCUGUCGGACCAAGGGGUUGAGAACGCACCGGUGAACUUCCACCUCACCAGUAUUUACAACCACAGCAUCUUCGAAGCCUUUAGUAAAGUUAUCCAGAAGCUGAUCCCCCGCCUUGGCCAGCUCGAGGCCAUUCUCACCAACCUGUGCCGGACCUGCCGCUUCGAAAAGGCCUACCUGUUCGACGUCAACACCAAGAUCUACAUCGCCACCGACAGCACGCCCGAGGAUAUGGCAUCGUACGAGAUCUGCUCAGACUACGUGGACGUCAUCAUCGACUUCACCGAGGUAUACGGCAGCUGGCAGCGGACCCCGGAGUGGCGCAAGCGCCUCGAGGGCCCUCCCUGGGAGCAGAAGCUCGAGGACCAGGUCGCGUGCGAAUGGGCCGAGAGCGGCAUGGUGUUGGCGGAUGCGCAACGUCCUAUUAUGCUCCGCGAGGUGGAUAGGUUCCUGGCGCUCGUGGCUAUCAUGAAGGAGGGCAGCUAUGAGAAGAUGCCGCAGAUCAACAUGAAUGUGGACGUUGUUGUUAAGGGGUUGACGGAGUUCUUUGAGAUUACAAAGUCCAAGAUGACGCCGACAGCCGUGCCAGGGGGUGUUACGGCUGUUGGAGGGAAUGGGGUGAUGAAUGGCCAUGGGAUGGUGGGUGAUGGUCGUUAG